AUGAACACCGAUAAUACAAAUACAAGUGACGUUAGAAAGGACAGAAUCGUGACAAACUCUCUCGGUAAUCCUAUUAAUGAACCCUUUGCCACACAAAGAGUAGGUCAACAUGGGCCUUUACUAUUACAAGAUUCCAACUUAAUUGAUCUAUUAGCUCAUUUCAACCGUGAGAAUAUCCCUCAAAGAUUACCUCAUGCUCAUGGGUCUGGGGCCUUCGGUUACUUCGAAGUCACCGAUGAUAUCACUGACGUCUGUGGGUCUGCCAUGUUUAACAAAAUCGGGAAGAAGACAAGAUGCUUAAUUAGGUUCUCCACUGUCGGUGGUGAUAAAGGUAGUGCAGACACAGCUAGAGAUCCAAGAGGAUUCUCUACUAAAUUUUAUACUGAAGAAGGUAACUUAGAUUGGGUUUAUAAUAAUACUCCUGUCUUCUUCAUUAGAGAUCCUUCUAAAUUCCCUCAUUUCAUUCAUACUCAAAGAAGAAAUCCAGAAACCAAUACUCCUGACGCAAACAUGUUUUGGGAUUUCUUAACCACUCCAGAAAAUCAAGUCGCUAUUCAUCAAGUUAUGAUUUUGUUCUCCGAUAGAGGUACCCCAGCAUCAUAUAGACAUAUGAAUGGUUACUCGGGACAUACCUAUAAAUGGUCCAAUAAAAACGGUGACUGGAAAUAUGUUCAAGUCCAUAUUAUUACAGAUCAAGGUAUUAAAAAUUUGACCAUUGAAGAAGCCAUUAAGAAAGCAGGAGAAGAUGCAGAUUUUUGUCAAAAGGAUUUAUUUAAUUCCAUCGCUAAGGGGAAAUUCCCAUCAUGGACAGUUUAUAUCCAAACUAUGACUCAAGAUGAAGCUAAAAGUUUACCCUUCUCUGUGUUUGAUUUAACUAAAGUUUGGCCUCAUAAACAAUUUCCACUACGUCGUGUUGGUAGAAUCGUCCUAAAUGAAAAUCCUAAAAAUUAUUUCGCUCAAAUUGAAGAAGCUGCAUUUGCACCAAGCAAUACGGUCCCAUAUCAAGAACCAAGUGCAGAUCCUGUCUUACAAGCAAGAUUGUUUGCAUAUGCUGAUGCUCAAAGAUAUAGAUUGGGACCAAAUUAUCAUCAAAUUCCUGUCAAUUGUCCAUAUGCUUCUAAGAUGUUUAACCCUGCAAUUAGAGAUGGUCCAAUGAACGUCAAUGGGAAUUUUGGUAAUGAACCCAAUUAUUUGAACACAAGUAAAGAUUAUUCGUUUAUUCAACAACAGAAACCAAUUCAACAACAUCAAGAAGUUUGGAAUGGACCAGCUAUUCCAUAUCAUUGGGCUACUUCAGAAGGUGAUAUAGAUUUUGUUCAAGCAAGAGAAUUAUAUACAAAAGUUUUAUCUAAGCAACCAGGUGCUCAAGAAAGAUUGGCACAUAAUAUUGGAAUCCAUAUUGCUCCAGCAGCUGAUACCAUUCAACAAAGAGUUAUUAAUAUGUUUGCAAAAGUUGACAAAAAUUUGGCAAAUGGUAUUCGUAAAGAAUGUGAAGCUAAAAAACGUGAUUCCUCCAAGUUUUGA